GCUCUGCACAAAACAGAAGACAAACGACACCGAACCGAGAGAUAAGAGCGAGAAAGAGAGUGUGCGAGAGAAAGAGAGACAAACAGUAUUUCAGAGGAGCAAGUCCUCCUUCUCGCAAAGCAAUGUCUGCCCUUAACUGAAUUCAAUGUUCUACUUCUUCCGUGUUUAUGACGCUCCUUUUCCCAUUUCACGUAACGUAACCACUUCUUAGAAGCAAGCAAAAGGCCAAUGCUGUCUCUGAGAAACAUUUUCCAGAAGGAGUCUUGAUCCGGCACACAAAGUCCUCCACUGUUCAAGAAUUUUCUUCUUCACAUAAUCAUUUUCAAUCAUCAAAAGCUUAGGGAACUCAAUGCUAUUAUAUGCUUAACCACUAAACAGAGAGCUGAUGAGAACGUUACCGUUUGUGCAUAUUCUCAACGCAUGAAAUGGUAAGUUCCGAUCACGAUUUCUAGAGAAGAAGACUACUCAGCAUUGAUUCAUCUUCUACAACGACCUAGUAGCUCAAGAAUUUGAUGGAUUCAAAUCAGGUAACUCCAAACCCUUCUCUUCAUGGCCAAGAUCUACAAACAUUGGCCAAUCUUGUAGUCCAGAAUGCGAUUCAAGCGGCAAGCACUCGAAUCCCCAUGAAUCCAAUUACAGACCCUACCAGUCCCUUCUUUCUCCAUCCUGGAGGUUGAUUUGAUUUUCAAGGGAGCAAAGCAAUGGCGUCUACUUGGGAUCAUAUGGGAGAUAUUGCCAAUGUGGCUCAGUUAACUGGUCUAGAUGCAGUGCGUUUGAUUGGGUUGAUUGUGAAAGCGGCGAGCACGGCAAGGAUGCAUAAGAAAAACUGCAGGCAAUUUGCACAGCAUCUCAAGUUAAUUGGGAACUUGUUAGAGCAGCUGAAGAUCUCGGAGCUGAAGAGGUACCCUGACACAAGGGAGCCAUUGGAGCAGCUUGAGGAUGCUCUCAGAAGGUCAUAUAUAUUGGUGAAUAGUUGUCAAGACAGGAGCUACCUCUACUUGUUGGCCAUGGGAUGGAACAUUGUUUAUCAGUUCAGGAAGGCACAGAACGAGAUUGACAGAUACUUGCGGCUCGUUCCGCUCAUCACUCUUGUUGACAAUGCUCGAGUCAAGGAGAGACUUGAAGUUAUUGAAAAGGAUCAACGUGAGUACACACUGGAUGUUGAGGAUGAAAAGGUGCAGACAGUUAUUUUAAAGCCAGAUCCUGACAAAGAUGAUGCUGCAAUGCUGAAGAAAACACUUUCUUGUUCAUAUCCCAACUGUUCAUUCACUGAAGCACUUAAAAAAGAAAAUGAAAAGCUUAGACUAGAGCUACAACGUUCACAAGCAAAUCUUGAUAUGAAUCAAUGUCAAGUCAUUCAACGGUUGUUAGAUGUCACAGAAAUUGCAGCUCAUACUCUUCCUGAGAAGACUGACAAGGUUCAUAAGAAGGAGGAAUACAAUUAUAAUGAUGUAGAUAAUGACAACGACCAUUCAUCUAGUGAGAAAUACCAAGUUAAAAGUGACCAACUUUCCACAUCAAGAUCAGCAGUUUCCCAAAAGGAUCUGCUGUCAAAUGGAGGUUCAUAUCAGCAUCAAGACUGGCAUACUGAUUUACUUGGCUGUUGUUCUGAACCUUCUCUUUGUAUGAAGACAUUUUUCUAUCCUUGUGGAACAUUUUCAAAGGUUGCCACUGUUGCAAAAGGCAGGCCCAUAUCUUCUGGAGAUGUAUGUAGUGAAUUGAUGGCAUAUUCGUUGGUUUUGUCUUGCUGUUGUUAUACCUGCUGUGUAAGGAGGAAGCUUCGGAAGAUGUUGAACAUCACCGGAGGCUUUAUUGAUGAUUUUCUAUCUCAUUUGAUGUGUUGCUGCUGUGCCCUUGUGCAAGAAUGGAGAGAAGUGGAGAUCCGCGGAGUUAGUGAUCGUGAGAAGACCAAAACAAGCCCUCCACCUUCCCAGUACAUGGAACCUUAGAACAAAUGAGAUUGUCUUUUGGUUAUUUAGGGAUCCAAGAGUCUUUGAACCACGUAUUAAAUAGAGGCAAAUGGCUAUUGGGACUCAUAGCAAGAUAGAAACUAUGUAUUUCCUUUUUCUUUUUUACUUUUUCCUCAAUGCCUCUGGCCUCAUUUACCCAUGUGUAAAGCUUACAGAUUUAGCCACUGAUGUGUUGAUUUCCUUGUUUAAUAUAAUUUGAUUUUAGUUUAUUAAUA